UAUGCAGUGGACAUGCUUGUAGCUAAGGACCUGGUUUAUGUAGGUUGUGUUCGUGGUUGUGGUGCUUCUUGUUGCUCAUUUAUCAGCGUCAGUUUGGAACAAUAAUAUACGCUGACGUCUUUGCCUGUCAUUCCUAUGCAGUACAUCUGGCUUUACUACAGAGAGCAUAAUGUACAAGGUUUGGCAGAGAAUCUUCCAGCACUUCCAGAAACACCUGAUACCGCAAAGGAGGAUUAAUUUGAGGUGUACUGAGCACACAGCUAGUCCUGCGUCUACCCCUUCAGCGCACAUCAGGCCCACAGUCCGAGUGUCGAACCUGUACCAGCCCUCCAGUCUGCGCGAUAUGGGGCAGGAUGGGAAGUUACCCAGAGAGAUGACCUGUAAGAGCCAGAGACUCAUGCAACAGGCUGGACUCAUUCAUCCCUCCAGCCCGGGUUGUUACUACUACCUUCCUGCUACAGUCCGCUCCAUGGAGAAGCUGGUGAGGCUUAUUGACCAGGAGAUGCAGUCGAUCGGCGGACAGAAACUGGACAUGCCCAGUCUGUGCUCAGCUGACCUCUGGAAAUCUAGCGAGCGCUGGAACUUGAUGGGAAAGGACCUAUUCCGAGUGAAAGACCGCCACGGUGCCGACUACUGUCUGGGUCCAACACACGAGGAGGCGGUGACAAGUCUAGUGGCUCACCAAGCCACACUUUCCUACAAACAGCUCCCACUGCUUCUUUACCAGAUCACCCGCAAAUUCAGAGACGAGCUGAAGCCGAGGUUUGGUCUGCUGCGAGGAAAGGAGUUCUACAUGAAGGACAUGUACUCCUUUGAUGUCAACAAAGAAGCAGCUCACCAGACGUAUGAAUCGGUGUGCCAGGCAUACAUGAGGCUUUUUUCCCGACUUGGCCUUCAUUGCAUCCAGGUGCAAGCGGACACGGGGAACAUCGGUGGUACACUAUCCCAUGAAUUCCAGCUGCCUGCAGACAUCGGUGAGGACAGGCUUCGUCUUUGUAGGAACUGUUCCUUCUCUGCCAAUGCAGAGACUUUGUCAUCUGGUGGAAGUGACUGCCCGCAGUGCAAAACGGGCACCCUGGUAGAUUCAAAGGGUAUCGAGGUUGGCCACACCUUUUACCUGGGUAAAAAGUACUCUGAUGUAUUCAAUGCCACCUUCAGUAAUGCUCAAAGCAAGUCCUGUGUUGCUGAGAUGGGCUGCUUUGGUCUGGGUGUAACUCGGAUUCUUGCUGCAGCCAUUGAGGUGAUGUCAACAGAAGAGAGCAUCCGGUGGCCAGGACUUCUGGCCCCGUACCAGGUGUGUGUUCUACCACCUAAAAAAGGCAGUAAGGACAAAAUGAAAGACUUAGCUGAGGAAGUAAUUAAUACGUUGCAAGAUAAACUGCCAGGAUUGAGAGAUGAAGUUAUUCUUGAUGACCGUACGCACAUGACCAUUGGUAAGAGGUUGAAGGACGCUAACAGACUAGGCUACCCGUAUGUUAUCGCAAUAGGACAGAGUGCUCUGGAGGAAAUGCCCAGGUUUGAGGUGAUCUGUCAGCAGAUAAAUGAGACAAUGUUUCUCAGUAAGGACGGACUGUUAGACUUACUGGGAAGAGUGGAAACUGUGUGAUUAAUUCUAAAGGUGCCAAUAAAUGAUAUUUCUUUGUUUUCUGUGUUGGGAGCUGGUAAAUGUGGUGUUAAUGGGGUGAAUGUAAAAGAUGUGUUGGCUUCUGUCAUUAUUUUGUAUGGUAAAUGGGCCUGUCUUAAUAAAAAUUUGCUCACUGAGGUGAGCAGGAAUUACACUUA